CUUCGGCUACCAUUCUUUGGCAAAUACCAAUUCUACCAACGGUUCCCGGUAUUACCAAAUAACAAUGACAGACAAACUCCUUCUGGCGACGAUCCUCUGCCUGAUGGGCUCCAGCGCCCUAGCUCAGGGCCUUCUCGAAGGCAACUACAACGUGACGGCAUUCUGCAACUCGGUCCCAACCGGAACCCAGCUGGGCAGCAUUGUGUCCUGCGAAUACUACUACGUAUGUCAGUCAACCGGUCCCGUUCAGGUCAACUGCACGUCCGGCUAUGCCUACAACUACACGCAGAAUGCCUGUCAACCGGCCAGCCAGGCUAACUGCUUCUACGGACUGGAAAGUCCUUGCAGUGCCACCACCGGCGAAUCCUUCGCUCCUGUCUCCGGCUCCUGCAAUAAGUACUAUGCCUGUAAUAAUGGCGUCAGCGUCGGCACAGGAUCCUGUCCCGCUAAAACCAAGUUCGACGCCACCAGCCGCCAAUGCAUCUGGGGAUCUUGCUCCACCGAUCUGGUGGAGAGCGACACCCCCAACCUGAACAGUCUUUGCGAUGUGGUUCCGCCUAACAUUUGGUUCGGUACCACCGAAAAUUGCGAGACCUGGUACAAAUGCACGGCUGGAAAAGCAGACCCAAGCACUGGCGAGUGUUCAGGUGACACUACAAGUUUCAACGUGCAGAAGCAAAUUUGUGACUACUCGACCAAUAAUGUAUGCGGACGUGUGACCGACCAGCCCCUCAUCUCCACCACCACUGGCGCCUGCACGAGCGGCACCGCGCCCAAGGGCGACGCCACGAUCUGCAGCCAGUACUACCAGUGCCAGAAUCAGCAGUGGCAGACCUACAACUGCGCCUACGGCUACUACUGGGAUACGCUUACGAGCACGUGCCUGACCCGCCAGGCGGCCACUCCCACCAAGGGCUGCAACCGCUGCCAGUACUCCACUGACAUGUUCGUCAACGCCGUGGAUUCAGGAAACUGCACCAACUAUUACUAUUGCAAGAACGGUGCGGCCACCUCUCUGUACUGCGAUUCGGGACUGUUUUUCAAUGAGGAAAGGCAAGGAUGCGUCAGCGACAAUGACCUCGAAACGUAUACUGAGACCUAUGGUGCCUGCCAUGGAGCCACCGCUAGUGGCAGCUCUUCGACCACAGAUGCGGGUUCCAGCGAUUCCAGCGAUUCCACCGCCAGUACCGCUGAGUCCUCCAGCACUGAAGAGUCCACCACAGAGGCCACUACCACGGAGAAAGAGGAAUAGAACUAGACAACGGAUAAUGAGCAACCACUUUUUGAAUUCUAUAUAUAUUACAAUUUACUAUUCAGUAUUCCUAUUAAUUCGCAAAUAAAAUUUGUAUUGCAAUCAAAAAAAAAA